UGACUAAGAUGGCGACUGAGGCGCAGAGUGAAGGGGAGGUGCCAGCCCACGAGUCUGGCCGGAGUGAUGCCAUCUGCAAUUUUGUUAUCUGCAAUGACUCGUCCCUUCGAGGUCAGCCCAUUAUCUUCAAUCCUGACUUUUUCGUGGAGAAACUCCGACAUGAGAAACCUGAGGUGUUCACCGAGUUGGUGGUCAGCAAUAUCACAAGGCUCAUUGAUUUACCUGGAACUGAGUUGGCUCAGCUCAUGGGAGAAAUGGACCUUAAGUUGCCUGGUGGGGCCGGCCCAGCAUCAGGAUUCUUCCGGUCUCUAAUGUCUCAUAAGCGAAAGGAAAAAGGAGUGGUAUUUGGAUCCCCACUGACGGAGGAAGGCAUUGCCCAGAUAUACCAACUGAUUGAAUAUCUACACAAAAACUUGCGAGUGGAGGGUUUGUUUAGAGUACCAGGGAAUAGUGUCCGACAGCAGAUUUUAAGGGAUGCUCUCAAUAAUGGAACUGAUAUUGACUUGGAAUCAGGGGAGUUUCACUCAAAUGAUGUUGCCACCUUGCUGAAGAUGUUUCUAGGAGAGUUACCUGAGCCCCUGCUGACACAUAAACAUUUCCAUGCACACCUCAAGAUUGCUGAUUUGAUGCAGUUUGAUGAUAAAGGAAACAAAACCAAUGUACCGGAUAAGGAGCGGCAAAUUGAGGCUCUUCAGUUACUCUUCCUCAUUCUUCCUCCACCCAAUCGUAACUUGCUGAAAUUAUUGCUUGAUCUCCUGUACCAGACAGCAAAGAAACAAGAUAAGAAUAAGAUGUCUGCCUAUAACCUUGCCCUUAUGUUUGCACCCCAUGUCCUGUGGCCAAAAAAUGUCACUGCAAAUGACCUUCAAGAGAAUAUCACAAAAUUAAACAAUGGGAUGGCUUUUAUGAUUAAACACUCCCAGAAACUUUUUAAGGCUCCUAUUUAUAUUCGGGAAUGUGCCAGAUUGCACUAUUUGGGAUCCAGAAGUCAAGCACCAAAGGAUGAUCUUGAUCUAACAGCUUCAUGUCAUUCUAAGUCCUUCCAACUAGCAAAAUCUCAGAAACGGAACCCGGUAGAUUCCUGCUCUCAGCAGGAGGAGACCCAGCAGCGUACGGAAGAGGCACUGAGAGAGCUGUUCCAGCAUGUUCACAAUAUGCCAGAGUCAGCAAAGAAGAAACAGCUUAUCAGACAGUUUAAUAAGCAAUCUGUGACCCAGACACCACGGCAGGAACCUUAUACGCCCCGGGCACAGAAGAGGGCCCGUUCACGUUCCUUCAGUGGCCUUAUUAAGCGGAAGGUACUGGGAAAUCAGAUGAUGUUGGAAAAGAAAAACAAGUUCGAUACUCCGGAAUCUCUAGCCAUCGGUGAAUUGAAGAGAACCAGCAAAGAAAAUAUGAACUUAGAUUCCUCUGAAGGAUCCAGAGUUCUCCAGUUGUCCACCCAGAAUUUUCUCUUUCGUGGGCCAGGUGUCAUUUCUGCUCACAGAGAAGCUUGGACUUGGAGCUCGCUUGCUGCAUUUUGAAUUAUGCAAGUCAACUAAUCCUCUGACCUGGCUGAUACCUCUAACCCUGCUCACUGGAUGGUGUCUGCAGGCUCUGCCUUCUGAACCAGUGCUGGCAAAUCUGCCUCUCACGUGCUUUUUUGUUAAUAUUGUGGGGAAACCACUAACCAGCCAACCAGCUUACAUAGCACAGUAAAUGGGCAGAACCAGGUAGACUCCAGUGCUCAUUCCAUGUGUUUGUUUAGGCACAUUCUACUUUUUAAAAAUAGGAAAUUUGUGCUCAACUGCCAGUGAUUUUUAAAAAAUACUAUCAAUCCUAGGAGAUUGAUGUUAUUUUUAACUGAUAUUUUGGGCUUUUCUCUGUUUUGAUAGUGUCAGGGGGUAUUUUGGUUAUUGUUUCUUGUUUAUUUGUUGUUUGUUAAUUUUUUCGUUAAAAGCCAUUUUUUUGGAUGGGUAAUCUAAAUGGACUCUAAGCCAGGUGUCUUUCCCUUCUUGUUUACUUUAAGCUUUUAUCUCAUGAGGCUGUAUUCCUUAAUACCUUUAUUUGUGUCCAAAGAAUUUAUAGCUUUCCUGGAAAUGUUUUAUGUCUUGGGCCUGAGAUCGCAGGGUAUUUGGCCUGCAGUAUUGAAAAAGGAGAAUUCAGAAUGAUACAAUAUUUUAACAAAUGGCAGUUAUUAAACUGUGUUCCUCCCUCCCCGCCCCCCUUCCCUUUCUUCAGUGAUGCCAAAAUAAUUGUGUGGUUGCUGAACUUGUUUCCUUCAUUCAGUUUCCUCGCACCUGAAACAUCUCUGGUGCCAAACCUUCUGUGCCAAAUUACUGUGACUCAAGGAAAGUCACUGACAGCUUCAUAGAGGUUUGCUGAAAUAUCUGUAUGUAGUGGAAGCUCUGGAGUGUGACUAGGAUGGGGCUGGCAGGCUUUAUGUCCAGGACGACUCCUUAUGGGUGGGAUUAUAUCGCAUCCUUCUAAGGGAUCAGGUGUGCAGGCUGGAGCAUCUCCUGAGAGCAAGCUGGAGUCAGAGGAAGGAAGUGAGCAUCAGUCUCUGCAUGGCUGAGAGGAUUUAAAGGAGAGAAUUUUCUCAUUUGGAAGCAGCUGUGGCUUAUCACCAAUGUUCAAGGAGCGGUUGCUGCACCGUCCCUCUCCUUGUCAGAAUGGUAACGGGGAGUAGUUGGAGAUGGGGCUGGAGCUUUGACUGGGGUGCGGAUGUUCACAUAUGUUUGAGGUGAGCAAUGGCAUGGCUUUGAUCUAGUGUAAAUACUCACUGCCCACACAGCAGCGUGUGGCAGGCAAGAAUCUUUGGUUUGUGUCUUCUCUAGUAAGCUGUGUAACCGCUCUCACCUGUGUGCUGGAGCUGAGUCAGACCUCUGUGGGGAAGCAGUUGCCCAGCAAAGUAUGGUGGGCUGGCCUAUUUUUAAACUAUUGAAAAUGCUGCAUUAUUCUGAAACGAAAGAUAACACUGGGGGAGCAGAUUUGGUUUUGUGUCUGGGUGUUAGUCUUCUCUUCCAUACUGUUUUGCUGCUGUAACAGCAGCAGUGAAAAAAAGAGUAAAAUUUGGCCUUCCAACUUAGACUGUGAACAAUAGAUGGUUAGGGAUAUGAAACUGCUUAGCCCAUUUCUCUAGAGCAGUUUUGUGUCAUUCUUAAAAAUACUUAUUAGCAAAUCGUUUGUGUAGCUUUCUAUUUGACUUUUUUUUUCUUACUGAGAGAAAAUAAAAUUCCUUGCACCAGCCAUCAGUGAAUUCAAACAGAAACCCCUUUUGGUAUGAGCGGACUGAAGUCGGGCUCUCCCUUCACUCCGUACUUCCUUUCUUUGUUCGUCUAAGUGUUUCAUCCGGAGUGGUGUGGUCUGUUAACAUGUUAAACAUGGCAUCAGGUAGAGAGCAGAGCAGUGACCUGAUGCCUCUUGUUGUUGUUCUGUGAUUCUAUUUGAGGGAGGUGGCUGAGAUUGAGGAGCCUGUCUUGGCUGAGUGGAAUUGGUAAGGCAGGGUAGUGUUCUGGGCUAGGGUGGUGAGAGAUGUCUGUCACAUGCACGUGCUUUCAUAUGUCUCGCCUCCUGGGGCAGUGUAUGUGUGUAUUUGAGUAUGUGUGUUUCAGUUAUUUAUUAAAUAUGCUUUCCCUUGCUUUAAGGGUAUGAUAGAUCAUUUUUUUAUAGAAGCUGUGAUCCAGUUGGAAUCCAAAUUUGAGAAAUAAACAGCAUAACCUUCUGCCUUGUAAUAUGUAACUGUUCUAAUUCUGUGGAAUCUUAUGGAGACCUGAAAGACAAAAACCCUGUAUCCUUUGCCACAGAAGGGUACUGUCUCCCUUCUGACUUGAUGGGUGGGUAUUUUUGAGCCAGUAUUUAACAACUGUUUUAAUCUAUAAAAUGUUUUUUUAAUCUGUUUUGUUAUGUUUAUUUUUCAUGUUGGAGCAAUCUCUCUGGAAAUGCCUCUUCUUGUGGCUUUUAAAACUUCAUUUCUUUCUGGGGUCAGUUGCGAUGGGUUUUGAUGUGGUGUCAAUAUGGGGCAGUGUAUUUGUGCCAGAGGCACGAACAAAAAAAUGCAGACCACCUACUUGAUUCAGAUCUGCACUGGGUAAGCUACACUGGUUGAAUCAGUGAAAACCGUAGGCACUGGAAUUUCUUACCUUUUAUAGUGAUGGACCAAUGAAUUUCGUUUGAAAAACUCCACUGCAGCAGUGAAAGAGGAUCGGGAGACACUGAUUGUACAUGAGUGCCAAAACAUAUUAAAGGAGCUGGUACUUACUGAGUCAUAACUGAAACCACAACUGAUCUCCACAAGCUCUUUACCCUGAAUGUCCAUCCAGAAUCAGUCAGGAAUGACAAGGGAGCGCCUCGGGAAAUGGUGUGGUGCAGGGCUGUUGACUGUGGUGACCGCUAGGUGAUCCAGAGGUUGCUGUUUUGUUGGCCUCUAAGGAAGCCAGUUGAUCCCAGAGUGUCAGAGCAGAGCCCUUCUCUCCUCCUGAAUAGCAAUGUGUCUGUUCAGCUUCCCUCACAGGAACCUAUAUUAGGAUACAGUUUAAAAUACUGCCUUCUAGGGGAACCUGUGACCAUGGGGACUGUGCCACCUGGUGACUAGCUCCUUGGCCAUGCAUAACUGGGGAAGCCAUCUUUGGGAACAGACUUCUCUAGGCUCUCUCUGCUUCCUUACUUCGUACAGCGCCUUGCACAGAUGCUUCAAGCUGACAGCUCUCAUUCUGAGGUCUUUAUUUCUAAGUAGAACUCCUUUCCGUGGGAGAGAGCCUCAUCCUUGCCCUCCUCUACCCUGAAGCCUUUGUACUGAAGCCAGGACCUCGAUCCAAACCUGGAUACCAGCAUUUGGCAAGAUUGCCCUAAAAUCUGGGGAAGAUUUGAGUUACUAAGAUGCACAAGCUUUUCAAACCAGUGGUAAUUAACCUAAUCUAAAACUCAAUAUAGAAAAGCUGGCUUUCCUAGACAGCUAACGCUGAGAUCUUGCCACCAGUGGAGAGUGGAUGGAGGGGCUAGUGAGGAGGUGGAGUACAUAAUAGCCUGAGUGCUUGGUUACCAUGGAAACUGGAGUGUGUGAGGCCACAGCCAGUGCUAAAGAGCCAUGGAGCACUCCCCCAGACGUGUUUGGGACCCACAGAACCUGUUGGGAAAAACAGUCCCACCCCAGGUCCUUUCUUCAUAGCAAGGGUGCCUUUGCACUAUCCCUGAACUCGCUCAACUAGAGAAACAGGGUUUCUUAACUAUUUCACCAUUUUUAAUUUUUCAUUCUUAUUUGACUAUAUUUCCUAUAUAUAUGUAACUGUAAAGAAACAAUUAUAUGUGUUGUCUUUCUUUUAUAUUCAUGUAAUAUUCUGAAAUUAAAUAUCUUUUGUUUUAUAUCCA